AUGGCUAACAUUUGGCUUCUAUCACUUCUAUUCCUAAUCACUCUUCUGGUCCUCGCUGCUUUCAAACGCUCAAAGAGUCAGAAACACCGGAUACCACCUUCUCCUCCUAGCUUUCCGAUCAUCGGAAACUUACACCAGAUCGGAGAGUUACAACAUCAAUCUCUAUGGAACCUCUCGAAGAAGUAUGGUCCUGUGAUGCAUAUGAAGCUUGGAAAAGUCCCAACGGUCACUCUUUCUUCCUCUGACACAGCAAGACAAGCUCUAAAAGACCAUGACCUCGAUUGUUGUAGCCGUCCUACCCUAGCAGGGCCAAAAGCGCUCUCUUACAACUAUCUGGACAUUGGUUUCUCUCCUUAUAAUGAUUACUGGAAAGACAUAAGGAAGCUCGCUGUUAUGGAACUCUUCAGCAACAAGAAAGUUCACUCGAUUCAACCCAUCAAAGAAGAGGAGGUCAAGAAACUGAUGGAUUCAAUGGCCGAGUCAGCUUCUCAGCAAACUCCGGUUAACUUGAACGUUAAGCUUCUUACUUUAACCGCUAGCAUUGUAUGUAGGGCAACAUUUGGUGUGACUUUUGAAGACACUCUACUUAGUGAUAACAAUUUAGGUGAGAUAGUCCGUGAGGCAUACGAGAUGAUGGCAAGCUUCUCUGCCUCGGAUUUUAUCCCGUAUGUCGGUUGGAUCAUUGACCGGUUCACGGGUUUAGUAGGGCGUAGAGAGAAAAGUGUGCGAGAUCUUGAUGCGUUCUACGAACAAAUGUUUGACAUGCACAAAGAGGUAAAAGAAAGAGGGAGUGAAGAUUUCGUGGAUAUGCUCUUGAGGAUGGAGAAAGAAAAAACUGUUAUUGGGAAUGGCAAACUCACAAGAAAUCAUGUCAAAGCAAUCUUGAUGGACGUUCUUCUAGCAGGAAUCGAUACAUCUUCAAUUACAAUGACAUGGGCAAUGACAGAACUUGCUAGAAACCCUCGAGUUAUGAAGAAGGUUCAAUCUGAAAUCAGAAACCAACUUGGGAACAACAAAUCCAUGAUCAGCAUUGAAGACACAGAUAAGCUAUGUUAUCUGAAAAUGGUGAUCAAAGAAACAUGGAGACUACAUCCUCCAGCACCUCUUCUUGUAGCAAAAGAAGUAAUAAAUGACUUUGAGGUCAAUGGCUACACGAUCCCAUCCAAGACAUUGCUUCAAGUGAACGUUUGGGCUAUUGGGCGUGAUCCUAAUACCUGGAAAGACCCUGAGAUAUUUCUACCGGAAAGGUUUAUAGAUAGUAACAUUGACACAAAAGGACAGAACUUUGAGUUGUUGCCGUUUGGUGCCGGCAGGAGAAUUUGUCCCGCGAUUUACAUGGGAACAACAAUGGUUGAGUUUGGUCUUGCAAAUAUGUUGUAUAACUUUGAUUGGAAGUUACCAGAAGGCAUGGCCGUUGAAGAUAUCGACGUGGAUGAAGCUCCGGGGCUCACUGUAAGCAAGAAAAACGAUCUUCUACUUGUUCCUGUUAAUCCAAAGAGGAGGAACGACCGGAAUCCACCUUCUCCUCCUGGCUUUCCGAUCAUCGGAAACUUACACCAGAUCGGAGAGUUACCACAUCAAUCUCUAUGGAACCUCUCAAAGAAGUAUGGUCCUGUGAUGCAUUUGAAGCUUGGAAAAGUCCCAGCGGUCAUUCUUUCUUCCCCUGAAGCAGCAAGACAAGCUCUAAAGGACCAUGACCUCGAUUGUUGUAGCCGUCCUCACUUAGCAGGGCCAGGAGAGCUCUCUUACAACUAUGUGGACAUUGCUUUCUCUCCUUUUGGUGAUUAUUGGAAAGACAUAAGGAAGCUCGCUGUUCAAGAAGUCUUCAGUAAUAAAAAAGUUCACUCAAUUCAACCCAUCAAAGACGAGGAGGUCAAGAAACUGAUUGAUUCAAUGGCCGAAUCAGCUUCUAAGCAAACUCCGGUUAACUUGAACGAUACGUUACUUACUUUAACCGCUAGCGUGCUGUGCAGGGCAUCAUUUGGUGUGACUUUUGAAGACACUCUACUUAGCAAUAACAAUUUAGGUCAGAUAGUCCGUGAGGCAUACGAGAUGACCGGAAGCUUCUCUGCCUCGGAUUUUAUUCCGUAUGUCGGUUGGCUCGUCGACCGGUUCACCGGUUUAAAAGGGAGGAGAGACAAAAGCGUGCGAGAUCUUGAUGAGUUCUACGAGCAAAUGUUUGAUAUGCACACAGAGGGAAAGGAAAAAGGGAGUGAAGAUUUCGUGGAUAUGCUCUUGAGGUUGGAGAAAGAAGAAACUGUUAUUGGGAAUGGCAAACUCACAAGAAAUCAUAUCAAAGGAAUCUUGAUGGAAGAAAGAAGAGAGGGGUGGGCCAAUGGGCGUGAAGAAAAGUGGGCCUUGAACACGUGA